UUUGGUAGCCCUGUAUAUAUCACACUGUUUACAUGUAAAGAGCACGAUGCAGAUAAAAAUCUCGACCUGCUUGCUGCUAAUAUGUGGACUGCAAGCUGUGGCAGGCUACUGGUGGAGGUGGAGCCACUGGUACCAAAUCAUGGGUCGGAAACCAAACCAGUGUGGAUUGGAUGGGGUGGAGUUGGGGACGUACGAACACACCUUCGUGCUGGUAAUGGACGGGAUCUUUCGAGGCUAUGAACAGGAUUUGGGCAGACUUUUAAAACAUCACAAAUGCGCGGGAAGAAUGGAUAACCAAACCAUAAUCGUGGAAGGAAGACGCGCUGCUAAGUUCCUGGGAAAUGAAUUUGGUCUGGAUUUGUCUUCUGUCACUGAUGAAGAUCUCUUAGACGGAAGAGUGCCUUUAGAAGGCGGCAAAAUGUUGUUUCAUCCUUUCACGUUCGACCCUGCUGGAAAGUACAGAAUGAUAGCGGAGACAUACAGACACUGGAGCAGGCUGCACCAGAAUGUUCCUAUCUCACAUUCAGGCUGGGUGGUGGAGGUUUUUGAGCCGGUCACCUUGAACGGUCCAAGGUUUACCGGUACUUUGGAACCGUAUGCAGCCAUGUCUGUUGGAGAAUAUGUAGCACAGACUGGUUUCCCAGACCACCACAACGGCACAGUGGUCAUAACGUACGAGGCCCAGUACCCAGUCACAACGGCAGGCGGUGGACGUUAUGUUGUAAUCAGUCUGGAUGUCCACAGCAAGCAGUUCGGCGACGGCCAGUCCUAUGGCAUCUUUGAGACCAACAUGGCCACCGGAGACGUCAAUGGACGCGAGGUGAUAACGUUCCCAAGGAAAGUGUAA